GGAUUAAACACCACCAGCAAGAGAAUAUGCACCGACGAAGACGCCUAAAUCCAAAGGCUGAUGCCAACUUUUACAUUGAUACUGGAGGGGACAAAGUGGGACUUGACAUCAAAUACAUCAAUGCCUUCAAAGGUCGUGGCAUCUUCACCUCUGCUCUAUUUGAAAAGGGAGACUUUCUGUUGGAAUAUAGAGGUGAAUUAAUAAGCCAGCAAGAAUGUGAACGGAGACAGAGACUUCAUCACGACUGCCUGAAGGUGUUCAUGUUCGAGUUCCAUUUUAAUGGAAAACUAUGGUGUUUUGAUGCAGCAAAAGAGGAUGGGUCACUUGGAAGACUUGUGAACGAUAAUAAUGUCAACCCCAAUGCCAAGAUGAAGUACCUAAACAUACAAGGGAAGCCCCAUCUGUGUUUGUUUGCAACACGAGACAUCAGUCAAGGAGAGGAGGUCACCUAUAAUUAUGGUGACUCGGAUUGGCCGUGGAGAUGCAAGAAAUCUGAAGGAAAGUCUUCGGACGGGGAGCACGGUGAGGGUCCAUCUACAUCCGAGCCUUCUCAGAGUACUCAAAAGGUGUCAACAAGUAAGAGGCAAGAAAAGAGAUCUCCAGGUGCAUCAACUAGUCUGCUCAAAAGAUAUGAAAAGAUGAUAACAGUGAGCUGAUUGAGUCUGCUCAGAGGGACGAAACUGACCAGCUUGAGACCUCUGUGGCUGGCCUGAAUCCAACAUUCACACAACUUGGUCUCCUCAACA